UACGCGUGUUUCUUCCGUAAUAUUGCUGGAAAUUGAUUAAUAAUCGGAAUCAGAAUGGGUGAACGAAUUGAAACUAUAAUGCGAUGUUAUGAAGCUUUAGAAUAUGAGAUAAACAGACAGGAAGCACUAAAAAAGAUAUCUACGUUACACUGCGAGCUGAAAUUCAAGGAUACUAAUAAUUUUGUAGAUAGAUUCUUGCAGGCAGCGUCUAUAGUAGAAAAGAAUUCAUCUGUUUUCAAAUCUGCUUGUGGUCAUGUGGAUAUAGUUACUACUAUUCUCGAAUAUUUGCACACUAUUGGUGUGAAAUUGACGCUUAACGAAUGCACCGAUAACGAAGUUGUUAUAAUAUAUAUUAUGUAUAUUGUAUGUGAAGAUGAGAUUCCAUCAUUUUUGAAAGCGGCCCUUAUGAAUAAUUCAAGGUUGGAAUACGCAGAUGGCUGUUAUACGUCAUUAAUUUCAAGCUAUAUCUAUGGGAUGAUUGUGUUAGAAGAUUCUGACCUGUAUGCAGUUAUUAGCUAUUUCAGGGCUACAUCUUUUUUCUUGUUCAAGAUACAUUACAUUUAUGUCCAAGAAUCAAUAAAACAGAAAUUUUUAUGGAUCCUAGAAAAGUAUUUUCAAGAUCUUUAUACAUCCUGGAAUUUGCCCAUUUUCACGUUUCAUAGAAAGCAAGAAUUACUUUACAUUCGCACAUUAAUUUUAAAUCUGGAGUCAGUCAAUAUGGUGUCUAUAUGGUCAGAAGAUAUUACAGCUGCAAAAGAAUUAGCAACGCUAUUACGCAGAGAUAUUACAUUCAUAAAUACGCACUUCGAAUUUUGCUCCGAUAUCACGUUUUCUUGGAAAAAGAUCGUUUCUCCUUUCAAUUGGUUUCGAGAGCUUCUCCAGGCCGAUUUAAAAGAUGGAGAUAUAAAUCCAAAAAAAUAUGUAGGUUCAGUUAACGAUCUUUUUUAUAACGGCAGAUGGCAAAAACCUGUGAAGAAUGGAUAUUGGAUACAUGAUAGAAAUACAUAUGCACAUGCAACACGGGAAGAUGUGAUAUUAUGCAUAAAAUCAAGCGUGGAAGCAUCCAUAGAUUGGAGUCUCUUGCCUAUAGUUUCUAGAAAAGAAAUAUUAAAGAAUCUUGCAUCUACAUUAGAAUGCAAUGGCAAAUUUGAUUUAGCAGAAACAGUAUUAAACACUAUAAAAUUAGGAAACCUCAUUCGCUCUAAAUUAAAAUGGCAGGAUGAAAGAUUAGAGCUAAUCAAGUUUCAUGGAUCAAAAAACGUUGUUUCUAUUUAUCAUGCAAAUGAAGAAACAUUGUUCCUUUAUCUGGCAUUAUCUUUUAUGAUUGGCAAUUGUGUCAUUGUGCUACAUAAUGAAAAUUCGUGUACUUUAGCACCAUAUUUUAACAUGUUUUCAACAGCUGGGGUACCUGUAGGCGUUGUAAAUUUGUUGUCAAGUAGAGAUAUGUGUCAAUAUUUUAGCUCUCGAAAUGAUGAACUAGACGAGGCACUCAAUGAUUGUACUUCUAUAAAUCAUAUUAUACUCCCUCUUAAAUAA